AUGGUGAGAUUGGUAGUUGGAAGCCCUAUCGAGGACUUUGAAACCGAAUGCUUCUUUGAUGACGAGUUCUCGAACAUAAAGUUAUCUGAUUACAAAGGAAAGUAUAUUGUGCUCUUCUUCUAUCCUCAUGACUUGUAAGUCACUUUUAGGAUGUGAAAAUAAUAGUUAUUUAACCGGAACUAAGCUCUGAAUUAAACAUAUUUCAAGUCAAAAACCAGCCGAAGGUGAACUUCAAGAAUUUUCAUCAAGGAAAUCUGAGUUUGACUCCCUGAAUACGCAGAUUCUGGCAUUUUCAACGGAUUCCAAAUACACGCAUAUUUCCUGGAUCCAGCAAGGAGACCUGGGAUUAAUGGAAUUCCCCAUGGUCACCGAUCACGCACAUCAGAUCGGACGUCAGUAUGGGAUUCUCGAUGCUGAGGCCGGGAAGGAUUACAGGUCAGAUGAUAAAACUGAAGUUCCUGGUCUCUCAAUUUCCAGACUUUCUUUAAAUUUGGUUUACUUGUACUGUCUCGGUCACAAUUCAAUUAAAAUAACUAGUCCGUCACAUAUUCCUCACUUCUCAGACGCUCCUUUUCAAUUAAUCUCAUUACCGGCAAUGGUCCAUAAUGCGCAGAUUUCAAAACCCGUUUCGGCUAUCAUUGGUGCCCUUACACCUUUGUAAAAAAAAAUGUUAAAUAUUAACGAAUUUGUUGUGACUGUAAAAAUGUAAAUGUGAACGUAUGUUGCACACCAUUCUGACAUGUUAGACAAUGGAAAACUUGCUACAAAUUUUCAAAAUUAGAGGUGACAUGUUAUACGAUAAAAAAUUUUCUUCAAUUUUUUGAGAGCUCUUCGGGUAUUUUUACUUGCACGUUUUUUUGAAUUUACACUUACAAUCGACACUUUUUUAUAAAGAUAUAUAAGAGCAACAAUGACAUUGGAAGGUGUUUUAGAAAUCCGCCCAUUAUGUGAUCUGCCCAAUCUGCCCGUUAUGAAUGGAAUUUUAUUACCGUAAUCUUUCAGAACAGUGAUAAUCGUUGACCCAGAGAUGAUUGUCAGACACUUCUCCGUAUUCGAUCCCCAAAUGACUGUGUCCGUGACUGAAGUGCUUAGACUUUUAAGUCAGCUCCAGAACAACAAAAUGGAGACCUAA